CCACUGGUAGUAAUUAUUAUGUUCCUUAUCAUAUAUAGCUCGUGUUGUGCAGCUCUAGAAGUAGAAGCCGCUUUUCAUUUCGUAUCCUGCCUUUUUUGGUCUCCGCAUAUCAGUUAUCAUCAACAUCCAGUCAGAUUUGCAAACUUUUAUACACAUGUAUCACGACGCCAACUCUAUUAAGUACGCGACAAGCUGGAUCACAUGCACACUAGUUAUUAGUCGUAACUAAGCAAACUACUAAGAAAGGGAAGCGCAAUGUUUUUUUUUUUUUUUUUUUUUUGCUAUAAAUAGGAGGCACUAAUCUUCAACUCCAAACACACAUCAAUUACUACUCUGGUCGAGAAAGAAAUAAAGAGAGCAAAAAAAAAAAUUUAAAAUGUCUCGGUUCGUGAUGGACUCCAACAAUCUGUGGCUGCUGGGUCUGGUCGACCACACGAUCAGGGUGAAUACGGGACCGUUUUCCCCGGACAUCAACACCCAGGAUCUGAACGACAACAAGACCAAAUGGACAAUGGUGGCCCGGAUCGGGAACAACAAGUACUGCAGCCACCGCGAGCUGGAAGUCUUCGGGGCGGCGCUGAACCCGCAGAAGGUGGAGCAGCUCUGGCAGAACCUCUACGGCCGCCAGCUCAACAUCAACCGAGAAGGAUUCAUGUUCACGUGGCACAACCGCGGCACCGACAACGGCCGGUUCAAGCCGGGUGCACUCCUGUACCGCCUCAACGAUCUCUACGAGUGGUCCAACCACGGGGUCACCGUCCCGCUCCCGGUCGGGACAUCGUGGGACCGGUUCGAGCGGACCACGGGGAAGCUGAUGGAGGGGGCCGGUGGUGGUGGUUCGGCCCAGGUGAAGAAGGAGUUGGAGGAGAAGGAGAAGGAGAACAAGAGGCUGCAGGAAGAGGCUGCGGAGAAGGAGAAGCGGGCCAAGGAGAGGGAAGAAGCGGCCCAGAAGGAGAUCCAGGAGCUGAAAGAGCAGGCCCAAGCGAGGGAAGAUGCGGCGAAGAAGGAGAGCGACGAGCUGAAGAAGCAGGCCAAGGAGAAAGACGACCAGCUCGCGGCGAAAGAUAAACAGAUCGCCAACCUCAGGGCCGCUCUCGCUGCCUUCACCUAAGCAUCAUACUAAGCCCUUCCUUUUCCAUAGCUGCCGUUGCCGUACGUCAUUCCGUUCUGUUUGAUCUUCUGCUUGUUUCCAUGCACGUACGUAUGCCAUGCAUGCAUGUACGUACAUCUGCCUGUGUUAUGUUGUUGUUGUUGUUGUGUAUUUCAUUGGUACCUACCAAUUAACCAAUAAGAAAUAAAACUGUGCCUGCAUGUGUUUCUGUUAUCAAUUAUGCAACUACUUAAUUAAUCUAUGGAGACAGUUUUAUGAAUUUGUCCCCGAAAUUACUUAUUAUAGUUUUGUCGGAGACAAAAUAAUAUAAGUGUCUCCUAUAUUUGCCCCAAUUGUUGCAUUCACAGUUUUUCAUAGGGAUCAGAACGCUCACUCUAAGAACUGUGUGAUGACAUUGAGAGUGGAGCACUUCUACUAUGCUAUAUAGUACUGGUGCUUUAAUGUACAACUCAAAGUUGUACCAUAACAUUAAAUGUAUAAGUUUAGG